AUGCAAGCAAUGGCAUUGCACGACGCAGUCUUGUGCUGCGACGAGGCGGUGGUCGAGUUGCUAUUGAACCGAGGCGCCGAUGUCGCUUUGAAGACUCUGGAACUGGGCAGCACAGCUCUGCACUGGGCCGCGAUGCUCAACAUCGGCAACAGCCACAAACGUAUUAUAAGAAAGCUUUUGGAGUCUAGAAGCGACUUGGACCAGCGAAACAACAUCGGCCUGACGUCCUUCAAUUACAUUUUCGGCUCUUGCAACGUCAACCUGGUGAGGCUCUGCAUCGAUCGGUACAACGCUGAUCUCAAAAAAAUGUUUUGCCAGUCAUACUACAACGGACGUAAUGCUCUCUCAUUCGCCGCUCAGAAUGUCGACAAAGGCGUGAUGAACCUGGUGUUGGAGAGUGAAGUUGAAAUCGAUAAGUGCUGCUUUCAACGUCACACGCCGUUACACUUGGCGAGCCAACUGUCCAUACGAGAGAACGUGCAGCGGUUAAUCUCAAUGGGUGCCAUCGUUAACGCCGAGGAUACGCAGAGCUAUACGCCACUAUAUUUUAGCUUUGAGCCGAGCCAAUUUCGCCAAGGAGAAAAGGCGGGUGAUCAGACUGUUGCUUGUAUCUGGAAGCAACUUAAAUCACCAGUUCUUCAUCAGUCACGACCUCCCAGGGCAACGUUCGACGAUCCUCGGCUUAACGAUCAUCAAUAG